ACUAGGAGUGCUGCAGCGGGCAGCAGAAGUACACCCCGUGACCGACCCUCGUGACUAACCGUGCUUAAUUUAACCAAACAAAACAAAAACGAUAAAAGCUAGAAAAAUCGAUAGCGUUUAAAAGAUAUGUUUUACUCGCGUACUUGUUUUGUGCGAUUGAAACUAACUAAGGCGUGUAAGGUUACAAUGGAGCCAGCUGCCUAUCACGCACUCCGCGUCCGCUUGUAGGGAAGAGAGUUUUUAUCUUUUGUGAAAUCUGAAACGUAAUCUCCGAGUAAAUUUCCCUUUCGCAUUCUAAAAAUGAGAGAAAUGGCGGAACUGUGCGUGCUUCGCCACCUGCGGAACAUCAGACGCUAUGAGCAAUGGUGGGCUCCCUAGGCAAUGGUCUCAAGACUAGCGCUGCCAGAUGGACCUGGACCUUGUCCUGGCUUGUAAUAUCUGUGCCUGUAAUUUACUUGCUCGAGACGUGCGCGCAGCGGUGUUCGAGAUAGCCCACAUAGAGGAGGGAGCGAUCUAGCAAGAUGUACAGCAUUGUAGUUGACGCGUCUCGAUGAUGAAGGUGUGCGCCGUUUCGGUGUGUGACAACACUGGCACUUGGUGGCACCCCUUUCCCAAAAAAGGGGAUGGACUCCGAGCCAAGUGGGUUACAGCUGUUGGUCUCACAGAGGAGCAAGCCGAGGCGGAUGACCUCUUUGUGUGCUCGCGACACUUCCGCCCUUUUGACUAUGCCGAGCGAGGGGUGGUGCGCAAGAUUGCGGUUCCUUCUAUGCGCCUCUCGGGACAGGAGCCAUCUCCUUCCAAGCCCAAGUUCAAGCCAAAGCCUAGCCCUAAUCCUGAUGGAGUUAAGCGGAAACGGAAGACCAGCCGUGAGCUGAUCCUCCUCGAAGCUGCUAACAACAGUGACUUGGAUCAGGACUCUCCGCAGUCGAAUAUCCGGCCUUCUCGCAAGGCUGCGCGUGUGGCCGCCCUCAAGAUCUCGGACACCGUGCGCAAGUAUGACCUGGCGGUGGCGUCCGCCGCCGAGGGCGCCGAUUCAGACGAGGACUUUGACCUGGCUGCCGAGGUGCGAGCAGAGGGGGGUCCCUUCAACAGAAUCCCCCAGGCACCCGGAGCACCGGCCCCUGGUCCCAUGCAUGGGGUCCGAUCGACGCCGUACCAUACACCGGCCAGGAGUUUUUCGGCACGCAUACUCUCUGCCAAGAAUCCUCUGAACCCGGACGUGGUGCUGCCCCUGCUGAUGGAGUGCGACUGCGAGCCCCUGUCCGUCGCCCAGAAGGAGGCGCACUCGCGAGCGGCUCGGGCGUACUCGCGGUCUGUCCGCAAGAUCACCGAGGCCAAGGCAAUGGGGGCCAAACUCAUCUACUGCUGUCCUAAGGAGUCUUACAACAUAGCUCAACCACUAAUAAGCCAGAACCAAAAGCUGGCCAAGCCAACCACGGUGAACCUGAUCUACGACGCUCGCAGUGGGAUGUUGUUGUCUGCUGGUCAAGCGCCGCUGGUGCUCAGCACAAGCACAACCAAGGCGGUCGGCCCAACCAUAACAACGGUGACCCCGGCAGGAGCGUCAGGACCCUGCGUGCCGGCCGGGCAGCCAGUGGCGGUCAAGCAGGUGCAGGGACCCCCCCAGGGCACGGUGGCGGCGCGUCCGAUCCCGCUGAUCACGGGGGGCACGGCGCCGGUGACGGCCAACUCGCUGCUCAUGGUGAAGGUGAUGCCCAGCAAGCUGCUGCCGGGCAAGGCGCUCCAGGAGAAGGCCCAGCAGCUGGAGGCCCAGUUCCGCAGAAUAGUGGAGGGUCGCGACCCGGUGCCCUGGCUGGUGGAGCGUGGGGUGGUCAGGACAGACUUGCCCUGCAAGUUCUGUCAGGACAAGGGGCUCGAGCUCCAGCGCGACCCUGGGGCGCUCAACGGCUACAGCUUGUGCUGCCGCCAGGCCAGCUGUCAGCGCAAGAAUGUGCUGCCCCAACCGAGCUUCUUUGCCCGCUUUGGCCUGCCCCUUUGGCGGGUGCUGGUGCUGGUGUACCACUGGGCGGUGCAGUCGGACGCCCCGCUGGCCAUGCGGGAGACCGGCGUGGAUUCCUUCCUGGUGCGCACGGUGUGGCGUGCCCUGCAGGAGGUGUGCGCCCGGGCGGUGGCCAUCCAGCAGCCCCGGCUUGGCGGGCCCGGGGUGCGGGUGGAGGUGGCCACGGCCCAGAUGGGGCGCUACCUUGUCCUGGCUGCUCUUGACCGCUCCACCAUGGCCACUCGGCUCAAGGCCGUGUCGGUGGCCCUGGGCUGGCACUCGCCCAUCUUCCUGAAGAGCCUGGAGCCCUGGCUGCGGCCGGGCAGCGUGGUGGUCACCGAGGACACCAAGUUUGAGGUGCUGCAGCAGCAGGGCUUUACGGUGCACUCGGGGCAGAGCGCCCCCCAGCCGGGGCCCGACCUGGUGCACGCCUACCUGAAGCGGCGCCUGACGGACCUGUUCGGCCGCCUGGUGGUGAACCAGCUCAAGCUGGAGACGGUCCAGGGCUUCCUGGACGAGCUGCAGUGGCGCGAGCGCUUCGGCGUGGAUCCCAAGCAGUCCUUCUGGAGCAUCAUGACGGAUCUGCUGGAGCACAGUGGGUGGAAAGUGUCAUUUGAUGACAUGCUUGCCAUGCCUGGAGCCAUCCCAGUCCAGGCGUCCGAGAUCUCUCCCACCGUUCCCAAGGCCGAGCCUGAAGUGAUUGUUUGCGACAGCAGCUCGGAGGACGAGACCAGCUCCAGUGAAGACGACUGUCAUGAGAAGAAUGACUCCAAGGAAGAAGAAAAAGAUGGAGUGCAAGUCGAGAAACAACAGCCAAUUGAAGCGCCGGCAGCGGGACCGGACGGGGAGACCAGCCCUUCUAAGAAAGCGGUCGUCCUGGACGAGUACUAUUAUGCAAGGAAGGGUCCCUGCUCGGAGGAGGGCCAGCUCUCGGAGACCAAAGGAAACUUUUCCUUCAAGUGCCCCAUCUGCAAGAAGCUGAUUGUGGACAACGUCAAGACGGUGAAGCACAUCACGAACCACAUAGAAGGGAGCCGGCAAAAGAACCCUGACCUCAGUGAUCUCACCAUCUGUAAAUAUUGCUUUAAAGAAUUUGAAACUCCUUACAGCAUGCAGUGCCAUAUGGAAGUGGCUCAUUUAAAAGAUGACGGUAUAGUGUGCCGCAUCUGUAGCCAGGAGUUUGACUUGGUGCCUAGUCUCAUCGACCACAUGAAGCUCUAUCACAACCCCUCAGAGAUGCCAUAUUCUUGUCAGUUGUGUGGUUACCGCUCAUCCUUUCACAAAGAUGUUCUCAAACAUUUCCAUCAGGAUCACCUAGGAAGCAAUGCCCUGCUGUGCCGCUUCUGCCUGCGGGUGUAUGUGGUGAAGUUCUCCAACAACCUGGCCAGCAUUGGGGUGCAGAAGUUCUACUGCCACCUGUUCAAGCACUUGGCCCGUACCUCUGCCCGCCGCUGCCCCGUCUGCUGCCUCGUCUUCCUCAGCCAGGGUGACAUGCGGGCACACAAGGACAAAGAGCAUCUCUCCAUGCAAGGCCAACCCGGAGUGGAGACGAUACUGAGCGCCGAUGCCAGCCCCAUCCUGGUGCCCGAGCCCCACGUGAAGCCCCGCAAGCCGCUGCCGAGCACACUGGCCCCCGCAGCCAAUCACCCGUCGGCGUGCCAGCCCAGGUUCUCGGUGCCGGCCGUCCACCUGGAGCCCCAGACCCUGCACUUGCUGUGCCUGGAGUGCCGCAAGCCCAUCGACGAAGACCACUUCAAUCGCUCGGUGCGAUGCAGCCAGUGCAACUACAGCACCAACUGCACCAAGGCCUUUGCGGACCACAUGAUUUGCCGUCACUCGUCCCUGCCGAAGAGCCGCACCUCGCUGUUCCGCAUCAGCCCCACCACCCUCAGGAGGCCAGGCAUCUGCCCGUGCGGCUUCAGGUCCCUCGAAGGCAACAUCCUGAUUGCUCACAUGCUGGAGUGCGACCACCCGACUGCCAUUGUGACUGCCUGUGGUCCCACGACGAGGAGAAUGAAGCCCAAGUGCUUGACGGGCAACUCCGCUAACUACUUCCCACCCCUCAUCUCCCUGGACGACGAAGAGACCAACCUCAACGAGCCUUUUUCCGAGGUCUUUUCUUCGAGCGUUUCCAAUGAAUUUUCGGGAGCCCAUCCUACUCUGCCCACCAUCUCUACAGCCUUGCCUCCUCCUGUUGUGGACCGAGACAGCCCGAGCAUCCUCAACAUGUUGGGGCUCAUGCGCCGUCCAUCCUUCUCCUCUUCCCACGAAGACACCAACGACGCGUGCAACAGCAGCAUGGUGAACAACAACAGCAACAGCAGCAGCAGCAUGCCGUUCCUGCCACAGCCGGCGGAGUGCUCCUCGGCGGGGCCCAAAAGUGCCGGGGAACGCCGGGCGGCCAAGGGCUUGCCGACGGGAACAGACUCGGACUCGGAACCACCCGUGCUCGAGCCGCAGAAUGGCGCCGACGGCGGCCGCUGCGAUGGCAACCACUUCUCAAACGAGGCUCCGAGCCUUGAGCCGGAGGUGGAGCUGGUGGAAGGGGAGGCCGUCUCGUCGGAGGACGGUUUUGCCGAGCAGCAGACGAGGACGACCUCCCCGGACGAGACGCUCGAAAAGGGAAGAGAGGAGGGGAGGAAGGUGAAAGAAAAGACAUGGCCCAAGCUGGAGCCCUGCAUUGUCCUCGACAGUACCGCCUGAGUUUUGUACAAGAAAUAAAGUUGCAAUAUAUUU